AUGGAAUACUGUAAUUUUGUAUUUGAUCAAAAUGUCUCACGACAUGAGCUUGCUUGCAUGAUCAUAGUACAUGAGUAUCCACUUUCCAUGGUCAACCAUUCUCGUUUUCGAAAGUUUGCUAAUAGUCUUCAACCUUUGUUUAAUAUGGUUUCCCGAAACACAAUCAAGGGUGACAUUUUAAAGAUAUAUGAUUCUGAGAAGGCUAAAACAAGCAAAUUUAUGGAGGAGCUUAAUGGUAGAGUUGCCAUUACUUCAGAUAUGUGGACUUGUAAUCACUCAAAGAAAGGUUUUAUAGCGGUAACAACUCACUUUAUUGACGAUUCAUGGAAAUUGCAACGAAGAAUUUCAAGGUUUAUGUAUGUGCUUGCUUCACAUAAUAAGGAAAUUCUUACAGAAGUGCUUAUUAAUACCAUGUUAGAUUGGAAUAUUAAAAGAAAGUUGAGUACCAUUACCUUGGAUAAUUGCACCACAAAUGAUGCCAUGAUUGGUAGUCUCUUAGACAAGAUUGAUUCAAGUACACUCUUACUUGAGGGGAAGGUUCUUUACAUGAGAUGUUGUGCACAUAUCCUGAAUUUAAUUGUGAAAGAUGGGUUAGAAGUAAUGGGGGAUGGGAUUGAAAGAAUCCGUGAUAGUGUAUAUUUUUGGAUAGCAACUCCGGGUAGGAUUGAAAUUUUUUUAGAAUCGGCUUGCCAAUUAAAGAUUCCAUGUAAUAAAAAGCUAUGCUUGGAUUGUAAAACUCGUUGGAACUCUACAUAUCUUGUGCUUCAAGUUGCUUUAAUAUAUAAAGAUGUGUUCCCAAGGUUGGAAAUACAUGAGAGGCUUUACACUGAAAUGCCAACUAUUGAAGAUUGGGAAAGGGAGAAAGAAAUUUGUGCAAAGCUAAAAUUAUUUUAUUCUACUACGGAGUUGUUUUCUGGAUCUAAUUAUCCUACUUCAAAUGGCUAUUUUCAAAAAAAUUUUGAAAUUAGAGUUGCAUUGUCUAGUUGGCUUGAAAGCCCACUUGAGAUCAUUAGAAUGGUGGCAGCAAAAAUGAUGGUGAAAUUUCUGAAAUAUUGGGAUGUUUGUUAUGAGGUGAUGGCAAUGGCGGUGGUGUUAAAUCUACGAUACAAAAUGAAAUUGGUUGAAUAUUAUUUUCCUAAAAUUUAUGGUGGUGAAGCAUUAGAUAAAAUUGAAAAGGUUCGACAAAGUUGUUAUGAUUUAGUUUGUGAGUACCAAAGCAAAGCAAUCUCAAAUGUAAAUAGUGCAGGGAGUUCAUAUUCUAAUAUUCCUUCUUCAGUUGAAGAUGUGAAUUUUGAGGAGGAUGAUGAUCUCUCAAAGUUUGAUUUGUUUGUGAACAUGAGUUCAAGUAAUGUGCCAGCAAAGAGUGAGCUGGAUUUUUACUUGGAUGAAAAUGUGUUGCCUAGAACAGCUACUUUUGAUGUCUUAUGUUGGUGGAAGACAAAUGGAAUUAAGUUUCCUACUUUGCAAAAGAUUGCUAGGGACAUCUUAGCUAUCCCCGUGUCUACAGUAUCAUUUGAGGCUGUUUUUAGUCCACAUCGUAGCAGAAAGCAUCCGACUACUUUGGAGGCUUUGAUGUGUGCCCAAAGUUAG